AUGUCGAACUCGGGCUCAGUCGUCGUGCUCGACCCGGCGACGGCGGCAGAGAGCAACGUGGGUCGAAUCCUCGCCGUCACGACGACCUUUCACUUCCUGGCACUAACAUCUGUCGGCCUGCGACUCUACGUGCGACUGGGAAUGGUCAAGGCUGCCGGGCGGGAUGACUGGACCAUGAUGGCUUCGGGGCUAUGCGCCUUCAUCGGAUGGCUCAUCUUCGUUCUCCAGUCGUUCCACGGUCUUGGACGACAUAGGGCUACGAUCGAAGAGCUGGACUACAUCGAAUUCCAGAAAGUCGGCUUCUGGCAGUCCAUCAUCUCUGCCACAUGCGCGAUGGCUCUGCUCAAGAUUUCGAUUGCCCUCAACUUGCUGCGACUUAGCCAGAGCAAAUGGUAUUUCUGGUCUCUGUGGUCGAGCAUCGUCUUCGUUUCGGCAUACAGCUUCAUGGGAAUGAUGACCUUCUUCCUCCACUGUCAACCCAUGGCCGCUCACUGGGACACUCGCAUUGACGGAAAGUGUUAUCCGUUAACUCUCUUCAUCCAGUUCUCCCUCAUCAAUACAUCGUUCAACAUAUUCACCGAUGUCCUGUUCGCGACCUUCCCCGUACCGAUCAUCUGGACGCUCCAAAUGAAACUUCGAACCCGUUUAUACCUUAUUGGCAUCCUUAGUCUCGGAUACAUGGCCGUUGUGAUGGGUAUCCUGAAGGCCAUCUUCCAGAUCGCCUUCGCAACAGACACGGAUAAGUCCUUCAACCAAUGGAUCCAGUUUUGGGGAUUGCAAGUUACUCCGGUAGCCCUCGACCAUUUAACUUGA